ACUUUCCUCAUCUUCGCAGUCUACUUUCUCUACACGAAGAGUGAAAUUUGCAACCAGAAAGAUUGGGAAAGCAUUCGCCUGCCUGAUUUAGAAGAUCGACCUUUGUCAAGGUCAAUAUCGUACAACUUCAUCCAGUUCCGACAAUCUCAGCUACUCCAAUGGCUUCUCAGAGGAUGUCAUGCUUGUUCAUUGCGCUGAUUGCUGUGACUGUAGCCAGCGCACAAGCUCAAUUCCAAGCACCAUCACCGAGCUUCUUCUCUACACCACCAGUUGUGGCACCAUCAGCUCCAGUGCCCGUUGUGGCUCCCCCUACUCCUACUGCUGCUAUCCCAGCCGCUGCCACUACUCCUUCUUCGACUCCAUCGGUUACUCCUUCUGCCCCGAAGGUCGCUCCCGUUGCUGCACCAGUCGCCGCUCUUACCACUACGACUGCACCCGCACCUGGCCCUGCCUCAGCUCAGAACUCUGGAGCCACGGUCGGCAUCUCCGGAUGGACAACUCUGGUUCUUGCUUCAGGUCUCGUAGUGGCGGCUGUCUUCUAGGAGCUGAACACAUGGAUCGGUGAACCCAUCGACAGGCAAUUGUAGAACAAAGGAAUGACAAGACUUGGGAGUUCAAUUUUGAAGUUUAGCCUUUAUCCAAGUGAACCCAGAUUCAACUGCGUAGCUGGUCGCACAAACUAGUCAAAUUAGUUGGAAUUUACAGAAGACAAUGAUUUACUUAACCUAAUUGUAGCAUCUUCUCAGAUGCAAUAAUGAAAGGACAGGCAUAGCUUGGCAUGUCCACUUGUGUCGCCGUCUUUUAAUGCAGCUCAAGUUAAAAGAUAACCCUUGUAACGCAUUUUCCAUUUCACACAGACCUUUGCCUGAUGUGAAAUGCGUAUAAUUGUUUAAUGUAAUUGAUAGACUUAUAGGACUUGGGCAUUCAAGAGCUUAUCCGCGGCUAAAUAUACGAUAGUGAGAAUCGGGGAUCUAGGAUUCUUGUACGUGUUAGUUUUCAUCUUUAGGUUAGAAGAGACGAAGAGAUAAGUGAGAUUCACUAGCGCACAUAAGCCGGUAAUUGUAUGAUUUUGUUAC